CAUAGUUGUUUUGAAAUGUACAUUGUACUACACACCAAACUCCAACCCAAACACAAAACUAUUAUAAAUAACCCACAUGUACACACGCAUACAAGAAGGAAACCCUUACAUCAGUUAAUAACAUCUCUAAACAAUAUGAACGACAUGAUGGGUGGAUCUUCUCAUGCCGCUCCGGCACCUUCACCGUCGGCGUUUUUCCAACAUCGCCGCCGUCAUCACGGUGGCAUGAUGCACAUGACCUUCUUCUGGGGGAAAAACACGGAGGUUCUAUUCGACGGAUGGCCAGGGACCAGUCUGACUAUGUAUUGGGUCUGCCUAGCCUCCAUUUUCGUCGCUUCCGCAUUGUCGGAGUGGAUUUCGCGAUGCGGGGUCAUGAAAGCCGGUCCAGCGAGCUUUGGUGGCGGGCUAGUCCAGACGUUAUUUUACACUGUGAGAGCUGGUUUGUCUUAUUUGAUCAUGCUGGCCGUGAUGUCAUUCAAUGGAGGAGUCUUCUUGGCUGCAAUGGCUGGUUUUGGAUUAGGGUUUAUGAUUUUUGGAAGUAGGUCUUUUAAGGACACUGGAAGUAAUAACAAUCACACCGAAAUUCAGUCACAUUGUUGAUUGAUUCUUUGUAGGCUUUCUUUUUUCCCGUUUAAAUAAUAAUAACGAAAAACAAAUUAUUUCAAGAUUUUAAGAUUUCGUUUUUUUGUGUCUGAAGAUAUAAUUGGAUUUUGUUUACGGUCAUGUUGAUUCAAUAAGUUAAACAAACGCUGAUUCAAGUCCUAUUAUUUUCUGUAUUUAUUUA